UUCUCUCCUUUCUGGUUUGUUCUGCCUUUUGCUUUGCCAUCUUUUUUUAGGGUCGUCCAUGACUGGUUGGAAGCGUGCAUGACGAUGGCCAUUUUAUAUUUCGCAGUACGGCAGCAGACGAGGAGCCCGUUGUGGCUCCUUCCCGUCACGGUCGCCCUCGAGGCCAUUCUAUUCAUAGACGCUGCCUUUUGAGGAUCCUGUUCGGGACUCCUCCCUAUAAAGGUUGCGGUAGACAAUGUCCGCCCUCCCAAUACUGUACUCAUUCUCCCAAUGACCUGUCUAACGAUGCUACUACGCACUGCCACCCAGCUUUCUAUCUUUGUCGCUCUUGCCAUCCCCCUGGGGAGGGCCUCUGCAGACACAUUUCAAAAUGACAUCGGGACCAUCACACCAACGGCCAGUAUGUCGAGGAACUUUGUCUGGACGAACACUUCCAGCGCACCACCAGAGGCCACCGUUGAGAUUCAGUUUGACGGCCUGGUCGGCUCCGGCGUCAUAAACUUGACCAGCAACUAUGGUUUUACAGUCGUCAAUCUGACCGCCGCCAGCACCUCUGCCACCUCUUGCACUGCUUCAAAUCCAUUCGCAGCCAAUGUCACUUCUGGAGCGACUGUUCCUCCCUCUCACACUGACGGCAUCCCCGUCACCAAUCCCCCUUCGACGAGUGCGACUGUGGUUCCGUCUAGCGGACCUUUUACGUCGCCGUCGUUACCAUCUACCACGGGUGACUCGCCUCUUGGCCCAAGCCAGAGCACGAGCAUAAGCACUUCUGCCACUACCACGUCGGCCUUCAUCGGCCUCUUCACCGGCGUUGGAACGCGAUCGAGAGUACCCCUGGCGGCCAUGCUGACAUGGAUUCUCGUGGCCCUAAUCCCGACUUUUGUAUGUUGGAGCGACGACUUUUGACGGCAGAAGUAUCGACGACGAACUCUCCUCUGCACUCCCUUCGUUGCCGGCAACUGGAAGGGGUCUUAGAUAGUUUAGGUAGCCUAUCCUAGAAUAUAUACCUUUCGAUACGCAAAUGGUGUGGCAUCUCAC